AUUUCCCACCUUACCUUUCGGCCAUUUCACGCAGAAGAACUAGGUCGUGAGAAAAGGAGGAACCGCCAUUUCCUCCGUUUUCGGUCUCUGCGCCUUUUGCAGGCCUCCCAACGGCGCUAUGUUGGGACAGAGCAUCCGGAGGUUCACAACCUCUGUGGUCCGUAGAAGCCACUAUGAGGAGGGCCCAGGGAAGAAUUUGCCAUUUUCAGUGGAAAACAAGUGGCGGUUGCUAGUUAUGAUGACUCUGUACUUUGGAUCUGGAUUUGCGGCACCUUUCUUUAUAGUAAGACACCAGCUGCUUAAAAAAUAAGGAUGUUUUACUUAAUCCGUGAAACAGAUAUGAAGAGGAACAUUUUAAGAGGUGCAGUCACUUUGAAAAAUGGAUCAAACUGUUGAACUCAACAUACUAGAAAUGUUUGUAAAUAAACUUACGGCAUGAAUCCUUAAUGCCUCUUCUCUCAAAUACAAAAUGUGAUAACGA